AUGUCUACUAAUCACGAAACCAAUAGUGAUCAAGGAGAAAUUUCUAACCAAGCAAUUAUGAACAAGCUUCUAUUACUUCUGGACCGGCUUACAGCUACAGAAACGGUUCCACGUGAUCAGCCACCAAGGAAUUAUCCGGAGCAGAUCAUCGAGUCGCUUUCGGCGACAAUCAAGGAGUUUCAUCAUGACCCAGCCGCAAGUAUGACGUUCGAUCGAUGGUUUUCGAACCAACGGUACGACUGUCUCCGCAUUGUGAAGAACAAAGCAGACGAUUAUCUGACCUACGCUGGUAUUGUCAAUCGCCAGUGCGAGGACUUCGAGCUAAACAAGCUAACUAUCGACCAGUUCAAGGGGCUCAUUUUCGUUUGUGGGCUUCAAUCAUCCAGAGAUGCAGACGUUCGGACCAGAUUAUUGUCAAAAUUGGAAGCAGACACAGCGACAACGGUUAAUCUCGAGAGUUUAGUCACCGAAUGCCAGCGCCUGUCGAAUCUUAAACACGACACGGCACUGGUGGAGAAGAAUCAAUCAUCUUCAUCGGUCCAGGCAGUUCGGAACCCAAAGCAACAGAAGCAUCCUGAUUCUCAACAAUCAAGCGAGAAGACAUCUCCUCGAACACCGUGUUGGCAAUGUGGUGCCAUGCACUUUGUCAAGGAUUGCCCAUUCACAAGCCAUCUCUGUAAGCAGUGUAACAAGACCGGACACAAGGAAGGCUAUUGUGGAUGUUUCGGCAAGCAAACGAAGCCAGAAUCCGCACCCGGAUCAACAAGGUUCAACAGGCAAAAGAUGAGAAAAGGAAAGCAUCAAUCUCAAUCCAACUACAUCUUUUCAAUCAACGCAGUAGGAGCACCUAGCCGGAAAUACGUCACUGUGCUCAUCAACGACAAACCGGCGAAUCUACAGCUGGAUUGUGGAUCAGACAUCACUAUCGUCUCGGUUCAAACGUGGAAAAAGCUUGGCUCACCAUCUAUCAACAACACCUUCCAUCGCGCGAACACUGCUUCGGGUGCUGCACUACCGUUGAAAGGAGAAUUUCAAUGCAGCAUGGUUAUCAACGGUGAAUCCAAAAAUGGUACUUGUCAUGUCACUACAGUAAAGGACUUGAACCUACUCGGACUAGACUUCAUCGAAGCAUUCAACCUGUGGAACAAGCCAUUCGCCUCCGUUUGUAAUCGAGUUAAUCAAUCUAAUUUCAAUCUCGAUUGUGGAAACCGAUACCUAAGGCGAUACCCCGAAGUUUUCAAAGACACACUGGGGCACUGUACUAAAACAAAGAUCAAAUUGUUUCUGAAAACAGAUGCGAAACCGGUUUUCCGUCCCAAGCGACCAGUACCGUUCCACAUUGUUCAGAAGGUUGACGAGGAGUUGAACCGUCUACAGCAACUCGAUAUAAUCACUCCAGUGGAUUUUUCCGAGUGGGCAGCACCGAUCGUCGUAGUAAAGAAGCCAGGUGGGAAGGUGCGAAUUUGCGCUGACUAUUCGACCGGACUCAACGCUAUUCUGGAACCCCACCACUAUCCUCUUCCGACACCCGACGACAUCUUCAGCAAACUUGCAGGCAGCAAGAUUUUCAGUGUUAUCGAUCUAUCCGACGCUUAUUUGCAAGUUGAAGUUGACGAUGAUUCCAAAAAGCUCCUGACUAUCAACACGCAUCGAGGCCUGUUCCAGUUCAAUCGGUUGGCUCCAGGAGUAAAAUCAGCACCCGGUGCAUUUCAACAACUGAUGAGCAGUGUAAUCGCUGGUAUUGAAGGAGUAGAGUCUUUCCUGGACGACUUCAUUAUCCACACAGUAACAGAAACGGACCACGAUCGAACACUGAACGCUCUAUUCAGCCGUCUUCAAGAAUUUGGGUUCAAUCUACGAUUGGAAAAAUGCAAUUUUGGUCAAUCCAGCAUAAAGUUCAUUGGUCAUAUUGUAAGUUCCAACGGUAUACAGCCAGAUCCAGCAAAAAUCAGCGCUAUCACGCAGAUGCCACGACCUACUGAUGUCAGCCAAGUCCGAUCGUUCUUGGGAGCCGUUAACUUUUACGGUAAAUUCGUUAAAAAAAUGCACCAAUUGCGACGACCGUUGGACAAUUUGCUGAAGAAAGACUACCAAUUCGUUUGGAGUCAGCAGUGCCAAGAGUCUUUCGUUAAAAUCAAGAAAGUACUUCAAUCGGAUCUCUUACUAACUCACUACAACCCUGCUUUGGACAUCAUCGUAGCAGGAGAUGCCUCGAAGACAGGAAUAGGUGCCGUUAUCAUGCAUCAGUUUCCAGAUGGGCAAAUCAAAGCCAUUGCUCACGCUUCAAGGACACUGACGGCAUCCGAACAAAACUACAGUCAAGUGGAGAAAGAAGCACUCGCUUUGGUGUUUGCCGUGACCAAAUUUCGCCGCAUGCUGCUAGGUCGCCAUUUUAAGCUCCAGACCGAUCAUCAACCGCUCCUGAAGGUAUUCGGAUCCAAGAAAGGAAUUCCACUCCACACAGCCAAUCGUCUCCAGAGAUGGGCUCUUACACUACUUGGAUUUGAUUUCGACGUGGAAUAUAUUUCAACUGACCAGUUUGGAUAUGCAGACGUUCUCUCCCGGCUGAUCAACAAACACGAGAAACCAGAUGAAGAAUUUGUAGUUGCUACAAUCGGCAUCGAAGAAGAGUUGGAUAACGCCUUAUGUGAUUCGUUCAGCAAUCUUCCAGUCACGUUCGAAAUGGUUCGUUCAGCCACAAAGAAAGACAAGCUGCUCCAGACGGUUAUCCAGCAUAUCAACACUGGUUGGCCAGCAGCUAAACAAAUCACUGAUCCAAGUCUCAAGACGUUUUAUUGCCGGCGAGAAUCUCUUUCAAUCGUCAAGGAUUGCAUCAUGUUCUGCGAUCGCAUCGUAGUUCCAGCUGUAUAUCGUGGUCGAAUCCUGAAGCAGAUUCAUCGCGGUCAUCCUGGAAUGGACCGAAUGAAGUCAGUUGCGCGCAGUAUCGUUUACUGGCCUGCAAUUGACGAAGAUAUCCAGAACUAUGUACGACGUUGUUCUAUAUGCGCCUGCGCAGCAAAGUCUCCACCGCAGAUCCAACCUCAGCCAUGGCCGAAAGCAGAAGGUCCUUGGAAACGAAUUCAUUUGGACUAUGCCGGACCUAUCGAGGGAAUGUACUAUCUGGUCAUCGUUGAUUCUUUCACCAAGUGGCCAGAAAUCUUCCAAAUUUCUUCAUCAACGGCGCCAUUGACAAUAGGAUUAUUAAGAGAGACUUUUGCAAGAUUUGGAAAACCUGAUGCACUGGUUACGGAUAACGGAAGCCAAUUUUGCAGUGGCAUAUUCAAGCAAUUCUGUGAGAAAUCCGGAAUCACUCACAUUCGUACCGCGCCCUACCAUCCACAGUCAAACGGACAGGCGGAACGAUUUGUGGACACGCUCAAGCGUUCACUGCGGAAAAUUACAGACGGGGAAAACAUACCAUCAUCCGAAGCGCUGCAAACCUUUCUUCAAGUAUACCGCUCAACGCCAAGCAACGUGUUGGAAGGAAAAUCCCCGGCAGAAGUAAUGUUUGGCAGACCAAUGACGACUACACUUGAUUUGCUUCGUCCUACGGGAAUCCAUCAAGCCCAAUCCACGUCAACUUCACUAUCACCUUCCGCCACAACUCUAACUGCUGGAGCAAUGGUAUACGCCAAGGUCCACAAGAACGCCAAAACCUGGACAUGGAAACCUGGAACUAUCAUUGAAGCAUUUGGAAAGGUGAAUUUCAAUGUUCUACUGGAUCAAGGUACGGGACGCAGAAAACUCAUUCGUUCCCAUGCAAAUCAACUACGCGCUAGGUAUGAUGAUACCCAGCAGCCAUCACACGAAGUUCAUCUACCAUUGGCAGAACUGAUUGCAGAUUUCAGAUCACCGGUUUCUGUUCAAUCGUAUUUGAAUCCAGAACCAUCCACCAGCUCCGUUUCAAGACUAGCGAUGCCCAUUAAUGAUUCCGCCGACAGCCUGGAUGAAACAAUGCGGACAGCUUCACCAACAAUGAUUGCAUCAACGCCUAUAGCAAUCCCGCUAAUAAAUGAUGAGAUCACACCUCGCCCAGCCAGAUGCUCAAGACCGCCAAGACGAUUGGAGGAUUACAUCCGGUACUGA